CUUGAGAACUGCUGGUAAAAGGUCGUUGAAGGGACAUUUGAAGUGAAUGUGGUUUGACUGAUUCAAUAUGAAAACCCCAUCUGGUGAGUUUAGUUCUGUAUAUUAUUUUGCUUCAAAUAUAGAUAUCUAAGAUAUGCACGAUUACUAGCUUACUCAAUACGGCAUACUCAUGCCUUGGCUCAGAUUUAUGUUGACAAUCUAUCUGUUACACAAGCUGACACCCAUUAUAAUGUCUGCUUUAUUUUUUGAAUGUGUAAAAUUAUUGCAAGUCAAGUCUAAAUAGUGUUCAUAUUACCCCUACCAGACAACUUGUAUGUGGAUGUAAAAUAUUCAAUAAUUAAUAGUUCUAAAUCCUUCCCUCUUUCGUGUCCAGAACGUACAUUGGUCGUCAUCGGCAACCCUGGAGCUGUGUCAUGGGCUUCCCUGGAAGGAGGUGAAGAGAAGCCCCUGGGGACCACCAGACUCUGGGGUACUACAGGAACCAUCUCAGGACGCCCCCUCACUGUGGUAAACAUGCCUGGUGCAGUAACCACCACCCAGAGCCAGAAGGCGCUACAGGUAAAUGUGGCAUAGUCUGCUGCGCUUGUGUCUGCCUCGUCAUGUGCUAUCACGGUUCCUUGGGAGGUCCCUACCCUAAACCCUAACCGUAACCCCUACUUUUACCCUAACCUUAACCCGUACUAUAACCAUUUUACAUUUUAACUUCAGUGGGGGUAGGGACGUCCCAAGGAUUCUGAAUAGCAGGGACCCAUGUUUUUGUGUCAAUGUACUGUAUCUGUGUCUGCUGUUUGUCUGUUUUGGAUUUCUCUAUUGUUGUUUCUUGUUCUUAUUUAUAUUCUGUUUUUCUCUGUAAAGUGUGUUGAGACUGGGUGAAUCUCAAUUGUACGUCCUUGAUUCCACGUGUCACGUAUCCUUGCCUCGUUCUGAAAAUACAUCAGAUCUUCUGCUCCAAUCUGCUUUGAGAAGGAGACAAGGAGGGAGGACAUAAGGAAUAAAGGAAAUAUAAUUGAGAUUCACCCACUGUGAAAGGCACUUCAAAUAAAUUGUGAUGACUUGUCUACAGGACUGGGCUAUGGAGUGUCUGUCCCUGUCUGAGUGUUCCAAGGGGGUCCACUCUUUUCUCCUGGUGGCUCCGUUGGGUCGGCUCACAGAGCAGGAGAGGAGGGGGGCUCAGUGCAUCCGGAGGAUGUUCGGAGAGAAGGCCCACGGUUUCACUCAGGUCCUCUUCACCUACAAGCCGGAGCAGAAGGACAGUCUGGAGGAUCUACUGAAGGAGAGAGAGGCCCAGAGGCUGGUUGAGGAGUUUGGGGGACGUUUUCACAUCUGCCCAAAGAGCAUUGGUGAAGAGGUGGAAGUCACAGGGUUACUGGAGAAGAUCGACGCCAUUUUGGAUCGGGGCGCAGACCGCUGCUACACCGUGGAGAUGCACCCAGAAGCUCAACCGCUAUUGGUGGAGUUUAGGGAGCAGCUUAGGGGCCUAUUGGACGGCUUUAUCAGACUUAAGGAAAGGAUCAAUGAAAGGGAGAGAAUGCGAGUUAACGUGGAGAAUUUGGAACACAGGAUCUUCAGAGAGAAGCUAGCGAGGCUUCAAGAUGAGCUCUUGUUGAAGCAUGUGGAGAAAGAAGGAGACAGAGGGAUGGAGGUAGAGGCGCUGAGUUUUAUAUAUGAGUUGGAUAGGUUAGUUGACAGGCUUGCCCUAAAAAGAGCGAGAGCAGUCGAGGACAAACACAAGAGCAGAGAGGACGUGCAGAGAUUUAGGGAGGAGUUGGGGAGGAUGGUGGAUGAAAUGGUUACCAACCUGAAACACAAGAAUAGACAGAAGGUCGAAGGAGAGUGGGAGCUUCAGAACUUCAGGGAACAGCUAGAAAGACUGAAAAACAACAUGAAAAAGACAGAAAAGAGAGGGAACGGGAAUGAGAAUGGGGAAAUGAGUUUGUGAAGGGGACAGGAAGGUGGGAUGAGGAAGAGAGAGAGAUUCCGGAGGGAAACACGGAGGGAGGGAAUGAAGGGGCAGGGUUUGACAUGGGUCAACAGUUUAAUAAUAAUAAUAAUAAUAA